UGUAAUCCUUUUAUACAAAUUAUUCAUAAAAUUUCGUAAAUAAUAUAUUUUAUGUUAAUUUCAAUUAAAAUAAUUUUAAAGUUUUAUGUAAAACAUAAAUAAUUCGAUAUUUGAAUGUGAAUUUUGAUAUUUCUUAAAAAAUUUAAAUUUAUAUUCAUAAUAUUCGCCUGCUGGGAUUAAAAGCGAGGUUAUCCAUGAAAUAUUCGUUAUCAGAAUGAUUAAUGAUUACAUACGCGUCUAAUGUGCAUUUAGCAUUUGAAAAUGAUGGACAUAUAAGAAAAGUAGAUAUUAACACUGAAUAAUCGAUUUUAAAUAAGAAUUGAAUGAAAAGAGAUAAUGAUAAAUUAUCUGCUUUCAAAAUAAGAACAGAAGUAAGAGUCAAUAGAAAAAUUGAGUUACGUGUAUUGAAGUUACAGGCUCAGUCUUCGAGCGGUGGCGUAUAAGCAGAGGAAGGUAGUUGAAGUGUUUUUUAUUAAAGAAGUUAACAAUUAUAACAAUGGAUAUAUUAAAGAAUGUAUCGUCGGCUUUUUGGUCAACUGAUGUUUGGUUACCGCCUAAUAUAACGUGGGAUGAUAUUAAACCUAAUUCAGAAAAUAAAUACACAAAUUUUCAACAUUUAAUUUAUCCUUUACCUAUGGCAUUAUUUCUUUUGAUAAUCAGAUAUGCUUUAGAAAGAUACUGUUUUGCACCUAUUGGUAAGUCUCUUGGUAUAAAAAAUACAAGAACAAAAAAAGCAACGCCAAAUGAAAUAUUAGAAAAAGCCUAUACUAGUAAAAGAAUUAAACAUAAACAGAUCCUGGCACUGGCUAAACAAUUAGAUUGGUCUGAACGACAAGUAGAAAGAUGGUUGCGAUUAAGACGUACUCAGGAUAAGCCAUCAACACUUACAAAGUUUUGUGAAAACAGCUGGAGAUGUUUAUAUUACACAUAUUCAUUUAUUUAUGGAUUCAUUAUUUUAUGGGACAAGUUAUGGCUAUGGGAUAUAAAUUACUGUUAUUACAAUUAUCCAUAUCAUCCAGUUUCAGAUGAUGUAUGGUGGUACUAUAUGAUAUCAAUGGCAUUUUAUUGGUCUCUAAGUUUCUCUCAAUUUUUUGAUGUGAAAAGAAAAGAUUUUUGGCAAAUGUUUAUUCAUCAUAUAGCUACUAUUAUAUUAAUGUGUUUCUCAUGGAUUGGAAAUUUAACUAGAAUUGGUUCAUUAGUAUUAUUAGUACAUGAUUGCGCAGAUAUUUUUUUAGAAGCUGCAAAAAUGGCUAAAUAUGCAAAUUACCAAAAAUUAUGCGAUUGUAUAUUUGUUAUUUUUACAAUAUUAUGGAUUAUUACACGUAUAGGUCUUUUUCCAUUUUGGAUAAUUUAUAGUACAUCAAUAAAAGCACCUCAAAUAGUGCCUAUGUUCCCAGCAUAUUAUAUUUUCAACUUCUUAUUAAUUUUAUUAUUACUUCUUCACAUGAUUUGGACUUAUUUGAUUCUUAAAAUUGCAUAUAAUGCUUUUUAUGCUGGUCAAAUGGAAGGUGAUAUUCGUAGUAGUAGCAGUGAGGAUAUUUCAGAUACUUCCUUGGAUAGUACUCCAUUGAAUAAUUCUACAAAUUAUAUUACCAAACAAAAUUCCAGACAAAAAAUUCACUAACAAAUAACUUUCUAGAAAAAAGUUAUUGUAACGCAAAAGUUAGUAAUAACGCAAGAAUUCUAUUUA